AUGAUACUGCUCUUCUACCUUGUGUUCUACCUGUUCCUGGGGGGGAUGUUCUUCCUCACCAUGUACAUCAUGCUGCUGACGCUCGACGACUACAAGCCCACCUGGCAGGACCACCUAACCACGCCAGCUUACAACGACAGUUACCAGGUCCCGACCAACGUUAACUGUAAGCCAGAUCAGUUUUUCAUCCAGGAGGACAGUGGAAAGGUGAGGAACAAUCCGAAGCGUUCCUGUCAGUUCAACAGGACGUUGCUGCAGGAUUGCUCUGGAGUCUCUGAUCGUUUCUAUGGUUAUAGCCAAGGGAAGCCCUGCGUCCUCAUCAAACUCAACCGGGUGAUCGGCAUGUUGCCGGGGAAGGAUCGUCAAUCUCCGUACGUCACCUGUGGAGCCAAGAGGGAGGACAGUGAUGAUAUUGGUCCCUUGGCAUAUUUUCCUCCUAACGGAACCUUUAACCUCAUGUACUACCCAUACUACGGCAAGGAAGCUCAGGUGAACUACACGCAGCCCCUGGUGGCAGUGCAGUUCCUGAACGCCUCCCUUAAUGUGGACAUCGACGUGGAGUGUAAGAUCUGGCCCAACACUCUGCUGGAGGGCAGUGAGAGAGACAAGUUCGCCGGGCGCGUUUCCUUCAGGCUGCGCAUCAACGAAAAAUAG